AUGUUCUCCCGGCUGGCAAUCACCCUCGCCAAGCCGGCGGCUAAGCCCGCCGCGCUGAGCGCCCCUUCCGCCUUCGGCAUCCGAUUCCUGUCCCAGCAGGCCGCCCCUGUUGGAAGCACCGGCAGGAAGAUCGGCUUCAAGGGUGUGCGAGCCACGGCCCCCGUGGCCUCUGCUCCUGCCACCCUCACCAUCCGAGAUGGCCCCGUCUUCAAGGGCAAGGCCUUCGGCGCCGACUCCAACAUCUCGGGCGAGGCUGUCUUCACCACCUCGCUAGUCGGAUACCCCGAGUCCAUGACCGACCCCUCGUACCGAGGCCAGAUCCUCGUCUUUACCCAGCCGCUGAUCGGCAACUACGGCGUUCCCUCGAACGAGCGAGACGACUUCAACCUCCUCAAGUACUUUGAGUCCCCCCACAUCCAGUGCGCCGGCAUUGUCGUCUCCGACGUGGCCCUGGACUACAGCCACUGGACCGCCGUUGAGAGCCUGGGCAACUGGUGCGCCCGAGAGGGCGUCCCUGCCAUUUCCGGCGUUGACACCCGCGCCAUCGUCACCUACCUCCGAGAGCAGGGUUCGUCCCUUGCUAGGAUUUCCAUUGGUGAGGACUACGACGCCGACGAGGAUGAGAGCUUCCUCGACCCCGGCCAGAUCAACCUUGUCAAGCGCGUCAGCACCAAGGCUCCCUUCGUUGUCGAGUCUCCCGGUGCUGCUUUCCACAUUGCGCUCCUCGACUGCGGUGUCAAGGAGAACAUUCUGCGUAGCCUCGUUAGCCGUGGCGCCUCGGUCACUGUGUUCCCUUACAACUACCCGAUCCACAAGGUCUCCCAGCACUUUGACGGUGUUUUCAUCUCCAACGGCCCCGGUGACCCGACUCACUGCCAGGAGACUGUCUUCAACCUUGCUCGCCUCAUGGAGACUUCGUCUAUCCCCAUCAUGGGCAUCUGCCUCGGUCACCAGCUCCUGGCUCUGGCCGUCGGCGCUCGCACCAUCAAGCUCAAGUACGGCAACCGGGCUCACAACAUCCCGGCCCUCGACUUGACCACCGGUCAAUGCCACAUCACCAGCCAGAACCACGGCUACGCCGUUGAUGCUAGCACCCUGCCCAGCGACUUCAAGGAGUACUUUGUCAACCUCAAUGAUGGUAGCAACGAGGGCAUGAUGCACAAGACCCGACCCAUCUUCUCGACCCAGUUCCACCCUGAGGCCAAGGGUGGCCCUAUGGACAGCGCGUACCUGUUCGACAAGUACCUGCAGAACGUCCAGCUCGCCAAGGAUGCCCAGAAGAUCUACAAGGACAACCGCCCUAGCCAGUUUGUCCUGGACAUUCUGAGCAAGGAGCGUGUCGGUGUUGAGCCCACGCCCCUCGCCAGCGCUGCGUGA